AUGGACAAAGAGCAAGAGCAAGACCCAGACGACAUCUUGGCUGAACUUGAAGCCGACGACAACGACGACUACCGUGCUCAGAGGCUUGCAGAGCUGAAGUCAGAAGCACAGAGCGGGCCGGAGUCAACAUCCAAUGCAGUCCAAUCCGUCUUCAAGACGCUCUCUGGCGACGACGAAUGUCUACAAUUUACGACAGAGUAUGAGCGAGCCGUGGUCCAUUUCUUUCACCCGGACUUUGCACGAUGCAGCGUCAUGGACCGACAUUGUGAGCACAUUGGACGGAAACACAACCAGGAUGGAGGCGCUGACAUGGCCUUCGCACGCGUCGACGUCCGCAAUGCACCUUUUGUGGUCGAGAAGCUGGGUAUCAGGGUUCUUCCAGCGGUGCUUGGAUUUGUGAAGGGAGUGGUCAAAGGACGAGUCACUGGAUUUGAAGGCAUAGCUUGGGGUGGUCGGGAGGACGUGCCGUCGGUGGCCGCUGCGCUGGAGGAGAAGCUUGUGGAGUGGACGGUGCUGAGAAAGCGACUGCUCGAAGAUGAAGCCGAGGACGAGGAAGAGGAGAAACCCGAGCGAACGGAAUUUGCCAGACGUGGGAUCAGAGAUCGCAAGCAAAACCCAAACGACGACGAUGAUGACUGGGAUUGA